AUGGCAGCCGAGGCACAUAGCUCCUCAGAAGGCUCAUCGGCAGGCUCAGCCCCUCAACACUUGAGCGAUUCUGAUAAGCUAAGUAGAUCCUACCCCUGGGCCAACAGGAGGAGGAAAAGCCAGCUUUCCGAACUGUGCCGGCGCAGAGCGUCUCUGUCCGGAGAGAAAUGGAGCUCUUACUGUUUGUCUUCAUUGGCGGCUCAUAACAUUUGUACCAGCAAACUUGGUAGCUCUUGGGCACAGUGGGAUUCUGCCUCUCUCUCCAGUUCCAUUGGAAGUCCUGCUUCUUGUUCCUUUUUGCAUGCCCUUAUUGUGGAGGAAUCCAGCCAACACCUUUUAACUGCUGCACGCAGUCCCAACAAAGCCAUCUUCACAGUGGAUGUCAACACAACAGAGAUUCUAGUGGCCAACGACAAAGCCUGCAAACUGCUUGGAUGCAGUAGUCAGGAACUCAUUGGUCAAAAGCUGUCCCACCUGAUAUCAAAAUCUGGCCAAGAUGUAGUAGAAGCUGUGGGUGAAGAGUACAUAGGAGCUGAUGGAUGCACAUCAAUGGUUUCGGGAACUGUGGUGGAUAUUAUAGGCCGUUUCAAAGAGAAGAUCCCUGUCUCGGUGUGGCUGAGGCGAAUGAGAAGCAAGGACAACCAGUGUUGUGUGGUUGUGCUGGAACCAGUGGAAAGACUCUCAGCUUUUGUUUCCUUCAGGGCUGAUGGAGAGAUUAUAUCAUGUGACCUUCUUUUUGCCCAUCUCCAUGGUUACCCAUCGUUGGAAGAAGUAAUUGGGCUCAACAUAAAGGACCUGAUUCCUUCUGUGCAGAUUCCUCCUCUGGGCAAAAAAAUCCCCAAGAAUCUCAGGAUCCAGAGAUCUGUAGGUCGAUCCAGAGAGGGUAACACAUUUCCUCUCAGUUUAAAGCUGCAAGCUAGCGCUCUGGAAGAGGACAAAGCUGCAGUGCAGAAAGAUGGCAUUCCACAGACAGAAAAAGAAACUUCUUUCACAGACUAUCAUUAUUCUGCUACAGUCAGGGUUUUUUCCACCAUCAGUGGCAUUGUUACUCUCCAGCCAGAUGGAACCAUCCAUGGCAUCAAGGACAGUUUUGCUUUAACACUGUUUGGCUAUGAGAAGAAAGAACUGUUGGGAAAGAACAUUACGUUCCUGAUCCCUGGUUUCUAUAACAAUAUGGACAGAAGCAAUGACCACUCCUUGCCAUUGCCUCCCCUUGACGACUCUAUGGGAACAGAAAGCGCAGGUGUCUUUGGAGGUGUUACUGCCUCCCACACGACUGACUCAGGCUGCUGUAACAAAGGAAACAACCAUUUGGCUUCAUCUUCAACCAGAGAUGAAGAGCAGAAAUUAGAAAGAAGACACAGAGAAGACAAUAUAAUAAAUACUGGGACCAAGCAAAAGACUGGGAGCAGUUUCUUAUGUACUUCUUCCUCUCCUGAAAUCUCACCAACAACUACUAAUAGUGAGGAUGGCAUUGUUGCCAGUGGGUUGUCAGCCCACCAUAGCGAGAUGUCACCUGAACGCUGGCUUGACACAGUCAGAGCAGUGGAACAAUGCAGAACGGUGGAAACUGCAGGAUCAGAUAAUUCUCUAAAGAUGCUCUCUCCAAGGGUCUUUCCCAUGUCAUCUGAUUCACGACAGUUGGAUUUAGGUCAGAACAGAAAAAUAAUGGUAAGAAGCAGUGAUAGUCCACUGUCUGGUGCAUUUGUGAUGCUACAAGGGAAUGCAAGUGAGACGAGUAGCUCACCUAACCAACUACAAGUUGAUCAUCAAGACCUCAACGAAGUAGCCUGUCAGGAGAUCUCUGGGUUACCUUCUCAACUUCUGAAAUGUCAGCAUUUCACUGAUACUUCAGGAAAAGGUUCUUCAGCAAACAUUGCCUGGUCUCCUGCUUGUUCUAGGCUAGAAGACGUGUUAGAUACUCCAUCCAAUAGCUUGGUUAAGCCUUCUUCUGAUGUUACUUGUAUCUCACUUGGAACACCAACGAUAGAUGAACCAUGGUCUGGGGCAGCAACUGACUGCAUACAAGACUUUCAAAGCCAUGUGCUUACAGAGAAGCUGUCAAAAACAAACUUGACGUGUGAUGCAAAGCAUUCCAAUGUUAAGCACACUGUAGUUGAAAACAGCAUGCCAAAUGAUGCUUCAUCUUUCCUCACAAGUGGAAGAAAUGGUAUCCAAGUUGUUUGUUCAGGAAAUACAACAGCUUGCAGUGCUUCUGCACCAGGAGCUGCCUCAGCCUUUGAAGGUAUUAAAGAAUUGGGCACUGAGCUGAACUGCAUUUGCUAUGGCCUUGAGGAACUGGAUCUGAAUAUUGGUGUAGAGGAGAACUCAGCCAAUUGUUCAGGCGCUGCUACAGCUCCCGUAGGAGUGUCCUGUAAUGCAGUGGACUCUGCUGUAGGUGAUAGGCUGGUUCAGGACAGUGCUUUUUCAACAAGGCAGGAAAAGCAGCUAUUGAACAGUGAUGCCACAGAAGAUGGUUCUGGGUGGCUGGCCUCUAGAAGGCAUUUGGGAAACUCUGAAGAAUCCUCCAAAGCAUUUCUUGAGAAGCCUGAAACUCUUGCAGAGACUGUGGUGGAUAACCUGAACAAAAAUCCACUGAACAGUAAAGGUAGUCCUGAAGAAGACUCUCGGUUGCAUAUGAAGCAAAAUGUACAGGUACAAGUAACUUCUACCCCUAUGAAACAAGAAGGCAAGUUGAAUCUCAACUCAGAGAUACUGGAAGGCAGCUACCGUGGGAAUUGCUAUCACAGAGAUGGUUCUCAAUUAAGUAUACUCUUUGAAGUGAAACGUGUAGAACUGCAGGAUUCUGCUGUGCUCUUCUGUGUCUGGGUGGUGAAAGACUUUCUACAGAGCCAGAAAGAAGCAACAAAGACUCCGUUUUUGUUCUCCAGUCUAGCGAGCUCUGCCCAGUCUAUAGCAGAUUUUUCUGCACACAGCCUUGGAGAAGCUAUCAGAUCAACUUCACUUUCAGAGAACUCCCGAAGAGCUGAAGAGCUUGAAAGACUAAAGGCUUGUGAGGGAGAAUAUGCAAGAAAAUAUGACACCCUCCGUCUUAUCGGCAAAGGAUCUUUUGGCUUUGUCUGGACUGCCAGGUGCAAGAAAGAUCAACAGGAGGUUGUGGUAAAGUUCAUCUGGAAGGAGAGAGUAUUUGAGGACUGUUGGGUAGAUGAUCCUGAUCUAGGGAGAGUUACUCAAGAGAUUGCAAUCCUGUUGAAGGUGCAGCACCCCAAUAUCAUUAAGGUACUGGAUGUAUUUGAAAAUGAACAAUUCUUCCAGCUGGUGAUGGAGAAGCAUGGAUCUGGUCUGGAUCUCUUUACAUUCAUUGAUAGUCAGCCUAACUUGGAUGAACCAUUAGCAAGCUACCUGUUCAGACAGCUUGUAUCAGCUGUGGGGUAUCUCCACUGCAGAAACAUCCUUCACAGAGAUAUCAAGGAUGAAAACAUUGUCAUUGCUGAAGAUUUCACAAUUAAGUUAGUGGACUUUGGUUCAGCUGCCUACCUGGAACCUGGCAAAUUGUUUUAUACUUUCUGUGGGACAAUUGAAUACUGCUCACCAGAAGUGCUAUCUGGCAAACCGUACCAAGGUCCCGAGCUGGAGAUGUGGUCACUUGGUGUCACCCUUUAUACCCUAAUAUUUGGAGAGAAUCCCUUCUGUGAACUGGAGGACGCCAUGGCAGCUGACCUCAAUCCUCCUAGGGUUGUGUCAGAAGGUCUCAUGAGUCUGAUUGCUGGGCUUUUGCAUCCAGUUCCAAAGCAGCGCACAACUCUAGCGAAGUUAGUGGAGGAUCCUUGGCUGAAGCAGCCUGUGAACCUGGGUAAUUACACCUGGGAAGAAGUAUACAUCUCUGCUGAGGCAGAAAGCAGCAGGCUCAGAAACGGUUUUGGUGAGCGCACACGCAGAGACAGCUACCCCCUCCCGGCUCGGUACAUGGAGGGUGAGGCACGCUUGAACACCUCCGACCGUGAGCACACAGAUCCCCACCUGCAAGGAGCGGCCGCCACUUUGGAGUGCCAGGACUCAGGUCUCGGGCAUCGCUGCAGUCUUUCUCUGCAGUAG